CCGCCGUUAGGCCGCAGCUGGAGCCGCGGGGACGGCGCCAUGGACGAGACCAGCCCGCUCCGCUCACCGCUGCAGCCUCCGCCGGACACCUACUUCUCCACCGCCGCGGUCUUAUCUCCGACCCCCGCCCCGGGUUUCGGGGUUCGCUGCGCGGCUCCGGCUCCGGCUCCCACUUCGACUCCGGGGUCUGGGGUGAGGGUCCUGGGCCCGGCCUCCUCGUCCGCCCCCGCCCCGGCCCCGGCCCCUUCCUCCGCCGCUCCCCCCUCGGCCUCCUCCGUUUCGCCCCCCGGAUCCCCCGGCUCCGUCCGCGAGCGCCAGCCGCUGCUGGGCCCCCGCAGCCUCAACGACUUCCCCGAGGAGCCCGAAUUCGCCGAGGUGAUGCGGCGGGCCGAGCAGGCGCAGGAGAUGGGCAUCCACCCGCAGAGGAUCAGCCAGGGCUCGAGUGGCAGCUACUUCAUUCCGGACCCCGCAGGGAAAUUUAUAGGUGUUUUUAAACCGAAAAAUGAAGAACCAUAUGGUCACCUGAACCCUAAAUGGACCAAGUGGCUACAGAAACUAUGCUGCCCGUGCUGCUUUGGCAGAGACUGUCUCGUUCUUAAUCAGGGCUAUCUCUCAGAGGCUGGGGCCAGUCUGGUGGACCAGAAACUGGGACUUAACAUAGUACCAAGGACUAAGGUGGUCUAUUUGGCAAGUGAGACUUUUAACUACAGUGCAAUUGAUCGGGUGAAAUCCAGAGGGAAGAAACUGGCUCUUGAGAAAGUGCCAAAAGUUGGGCAACGGUUUCACAGGAUUGGUUUACCUCCUAAGGUUGGUUCCUUCCAGUUGUUUGUAGAAGGUUAUAAAGACGCAGAUUACUGGUUGCGGAGGUUUGAAGCAGAGCCCUUGCCUGAAAAAACCAAUCGCCAGCUGCAACUGCAAUUUGAACGGCUUGUUGUUCUGGACUACAUCAUCAGGAACACAGAUCGAGGUAAUGAUAAUUGGCUGAUCAAAUACGACUGUCCGAUGGAUAGUGGCAGCUCAAAGGAGAAUGACUGGGUUGUAGUGAAAGAGCCUGUUAUAAAGAUUGCAGCAAUAGACAAUGGUUUGGCAUUCCCUCUGAAGCACCCAGACUCAUGGAGAGCCUAUCCUUUUUACUGGGCCUGGCUGCCUCAAGCAAAGAUUCCAUUUUCCCAGGAAAUUAAGGACCUUGUUCUUCCUAAAAUUUCUGACCCAAACUUUGUAAAAGAUUUGGAAGAGGACCUUUACGAGCUCUUCAAGAAAGAUCCAGGAUUUGAUCGGGGGCAGUUCUACAAACAGAUUUCUGUCAUGAGAGGGCAGAUCCUAAAUCUCACACAGGCCUUAAAGGAUGGAAAGUCGCCUCUGCUGCUCAUCCACAUCCCGCCCGUCAUUGUGGAAACAACUCGAAGCCACCAUCGCAGUAACGACUUGUACACACAGAGCUUCCAGAGCAGAAAGCCUUUUUUCACAUGGUGGUAGCAUACUGGAUGCGGAAGGAGAACACCACCCCGGUGAACAGCUGGUUGGUUGAAUAACCUGAUAAUCCUGGGCUGCUUUCCCCUCUUCAGGAUGAGAACUCAGUGGACUUGUCAUAGCUGGAGAGAGUGAGAGAGAGAGAGAAGCCUGCUUCGUGUUUUAUCCCACGUGUGAUUAUUGCACAAGACUUCACUACAUCUGUAAGAAAUGAUGUGCGAGGGGGACUAUUCUGGAUGAUUUGCACUUAAUUCCUUCACUUCUCUUCAGUCCCUCCCCAAAAAAAGCCCCAACACACUUUCUUAUCCCUUAAUUCCUCCUCCUCCUUCCCCACCCACCCACCCACCCAAAAUUGUUCAUAUGUUCAAAUAGUCAGGCAGGCGUUGGGUUGUCCACCCUCCACUGGACUCUUCAUAGCUGCUGCAGCUGAGUUAAUGUGUGGUCAGGCUGCCUACACCUGUCUUAAGAAUUUGAUUUAUCUUCCUUUGCACUAAGAUAGUUUUGGUUCAAAAUGCAACCAGGUACACUUCACAGUGAGCUCUGGUUAUGCUGGUCCAGGAAUCUCUCGAUCUGAUCAUGUUCCUUUCAAGUCUGCUUUGCUGUUUGUGUUUAUAAGAGGAAGAGAGAAAUGAUGUAGAGGACUGCGAUGUCAAAAGUGAUGAUGCUGUACUUAAGAAGAAAAUCUCUGGAAGGAGGUAUCACUAGCCUCAAGUUUCAGCUUGGGGAAAUGGUGAGGGAAAUGGGUCCACACUGAGUGCAGUCACUGUUAAUGUGAACGCCAGCUGGACAAAAAUGUGCUUUGCAACUUAUUGAAUUGGAACCUUCUGCUUUGAAUCUGCAGCAUGAAUUUACAAUUCUAUAUAUAAAAGAUUGCAGUUGUGGCUGGUACUGAAACAUCUUUCCUCCUUCCCCAGCUUCCUUUGAUUUCUAUGUAGUGUGUUUCAGAGGGGACUUGGGGCAGUGGAAAGGGUAUGCAUGUAAAAUGACUGUAAAGCUACAUAGCCCAGUUAAUUGUCAAGAAGAAAUAAUCUGCGAUGAGAAGCCAACACAGCAUGUUUUUUUUUUAAAAAAAAAGCCAAAAGAAUGGUUAACACAUACUUUGCACAAGGUGCAAGUAGAUGUCCUCUGUACUCCGUAUAUCAUUCGUCUGUCAUUAACCAUAGCACCUUGUUGAGACCCACAGGUUGCUCAGUGGAUUCAGGUUUAGGCAGCUACUGCAUUUCCUCUUCCCUGCUCUUCAGCCUUUACUGCAUUUCUUUUUUACUUUUCUCAACUUCACCCAGUUGCACGUCUGUUUUGGACAAAUGAGAUGAGUCACUUUUAAGCUGAACAAACCAUAAACUCCUCUUUCUCCCUCCUCAACUCCCUCCCCAAAACAACCCUGGUUUCCCUGCCUGGCUGCUUUCAAGCUGCCCGUGUGAGAGAUGUCUAAACUCUAGGAGGGAUGGUGGGGUGGGAGUGUAACAAAGCAAUGGAGAUGCAAACUUGAGGUUUUUUAAAACUUAUAGUGAUUGAGAGCUGACCUGUCUUAAUAUGUUGCUUAAAGUACAAAAUUACAUCUUUGACUGUUUUCAGUCCUGGUUAGACUGAUUAACUGCAACUUGACUCCAUUUGAGAGAAAAGGAGAUCAGAGUGGUGGUCAUCUUUAUGGUGACCGCCCUCCGACCCCCCCCCCCCCCCCCCCCUACUAUAAAGACUGCUGCUCCUAGCCUUUCGACAAAGUACGUGUGGACCUUUGCCUUCUCCGGUUCUUGCCUGGAACUGUUUCUACUGAGUUGUGUGGAGGAAGAGAUACGGAUACUUAUUGGCCUCUUGUCACUGAUCAACGUCUUGUAUGGUAGCAACAUGGUGUGUUCCUGCUCAUUCCUGAGUUUCAUUUGGGAAGUAGGAUGCCUUCCAGUCACUGAUCCACAGUGGGUAAGGUGUCUGUCUCAUUCAGUGAGUGUAGGUAGGUGUUUCUCCCCAUCACCUGAGCAGCCGCGACUUGGGUUCCUCCUGGCCACUGAGGGGUGGGUAAAAUUAUUGUAAUUUGUUCAUCCAGAAGCUCAUUAAGUAGGAGCAAUUAUCUCUCUCAGUUCGUGGGCAGAAUCAAAGCAAUUUACUUGUAAUCAUGUGAAUGGUAAGUGAAUCUAUUUUAACAAAGGCCUCCACUUUGAGCACACAAGGUCACAAAAAGAAAGGAAACUGCAGCGCUGGCAAGGAUGGCUCUUUUGGGUUUGGUUUUUAUUCGAUUGUAUUAAUCAGAAGGCAAUUUAGCGAGUGAGCUGGGCAGCUGUGUUAUCUUCAAUGUUGAGGUCUUUUCCCUGUUAAAACAUUUAAGACUUUGAGAAUAUCUUGCAGCUGAGAAUGUGCUGAAUUUGGGAUUUCUUGCUAGUUUACAUGUGUACUGAGCUCUGAAUUACCUGUUCACUUGCUAGGUGAUGGCCUUUAUUUACAUAAGCCAGAUCCUUGUUAAAAUAAUGCCUUAUUUUUAAGCUAUUUUGAAUCUGUAGUUGCAGCUACAGUAUGAACUGAAGGUUUUAACAGCGUGGUGUUCUUGGGUGUUUAAACUUAAGUCCAUAAGCAUGCUAGAAAUUUAUUUUGUUUGUGAAUUGUACUUCAGCUGAUUCCCUUCUGGACUUUCCAGUACCAGAUUUAAAAAAAAUACCAGUGCCUUCACACUCUAAUGUUUGCAUGUACAGUAAUAAGUGCUAGAUGCUGUGGAAGAAUGGUUAGAGUUGAAGCCCAGGGUUAGCACAUACAACCAGUCUGUCAUGGGCAUGGUCAGACAAUCAAUUCUUUCCCCUAUCCACCCCUGAAGUUGCUGCCACAUGUGUAAGAGGGACUCUGGCUCCAGGCAGGUUUGUCAGAAGCUGCACCUGUAUUGUGGAUGACUGUAUAUGGUAAAAUACUUGAAUGGUUCUUCAUUCUGGUCCAUUUAGGACUGAUUUUAAAUCGAUUACCCCAUGGGUUGUUAUUUUCCUUGCAAUAGCUGAAGUUGCAUUAUUAUUUAAUGGUUUUGAGGCGAGGAGUAGGGUUAGAAAACAAUAAAGUUAAGCAAAACUUAAGCAAGUAGAGCGAUUUUUAAUGUUACUUUUGUAAUGCAUCAUUUUUAACAGUUGAGGCUGAUAUAAUUGGGGGGAGGUGAUUAAAACCAACCUAGGCUAGAGAGGGCAAAACCGGUGAAUUCCUGCUCCUGAUCACCUGAGCAACCGUGACUACAAAGUAUGGAGGUUGGUCUGAAUCCUGUUGUGUUCCGACAGCUUAACAACGCACUACUUGUGGAAGUGUGUAACCAUUUGGAUCAGAUCUUUGAGGUUACAAAAGCCAUGUCUUUUGGGGAGAGUGGGUAAAGGGCAAUUUCUUAUACUAUGGGUUCUGUUGAAGCCACAUUAAAAUUGUCCCUCUUGUGUGGGAUUCCCACCCCUCACUGCACCUAUUUUACUGAGUGCUGGAGCACAGUGAGCUACAGUCAGGCAUUGCUGGGAAUGAUCCUUAUCACUGUGAUUUAGUGGUUGAGGACCCCUGUGUGUUGACUUGUGAUUUUGUGGUUUUUCCUUAUGGACCCCUCACAUUCUGUUGGGGCAGUAUUUAAUAAAGAAAUGCGACCCAAUGAAUCUGACACAACAGCUCACUUCAGUCUUACUGGCAGGAAAGUAAUUUUUAAAAUGGCAGAUUUUACAAGUGGCAUGUUAAAUUGUCCUCUGUAAUUUUAAAAAAAAUCUCUUCCUGCAGGUCUGCAGCUACCUUAAGAACAUUGUGAAUUAUCAAACCAUUGCACCUUCAUAGGUAGGGAGGCACUUCUCCUCCUUUCCCCUUUAGUCGUUGAAACAUGGAUAUAAUAUUUGAUUUGAAUGAGGCUUGAGAUUCAGUAGAAACCUCCUCUUCUCUCCAAUCCCAUGCCACUUACUGUCACAACCCCCACCCCAUCCCUUUCUGCAUUUGAGUUGCUCAUUCUCUAUCACCCACCUGAGUAGCAUACAGAACUGAAUGAUUAUUUUGCAGUUCCAGAGAAAUGUAAUAAGAUAACAUUUGUUUAAAGCCACAGAAAUGUGUGCAAGUUGGAAUACUUCAGGGCUUUUACACUAACAAUGUUAAUUAAUAAUAGUCUUUCAUUGCACAAAUCUCAUUCCAGUCAGAAUAAUUAUUUGCAGAUAACGAUCUGUAAAAAUCCCAUGCACAUACUUCUAUUACACAUAUAAUGGCUCACUACCCGACUGAAAUUUCUGUUGCAGGAGAAGAUUCCAGAGGAAUGCAGAAUUUUGGGAUCUCUUAAGUCACCAGCCCCAAUUCAUUUGUCAGAUGAUUCCUUUGAGUUAAAUUGCAUCUUGCAUUUUCCUAGCUAACCACCAACACUGACGGUACAUUGCAAUAGUUUGGGUCUCGUUGCUUCUUUUGCAGUUUGUAAUCUGCUUGAACAGCAAUGUAUUUGAGCAAUUUUUAAAAAGAAAAUUCACUGGAACAUGAGCUGCUGACAUAUUUUAUUUGCAAUGUGUGAGUAACACUGUUUUAGGAUCUGGUGAAGUAAAGUUUAGUUUGCUCUGGAUGUAAAUGAAAAUAUCAAGAUAAAUCUGAUCACUUGAUUUGCACUGUUGGUUAACUAAAAUUCAAAUCCCUAUCACAGUCAGUCCUUAAUUAACCAGUGACACUUCCUUUUUCUUUCUGCUCUUGCAUUCAUCAGAAAUCUUUCUCACUACUCCUUCAAGCCAGUUUACAGAAAUGCAAGGUGUAAUGUUCUGUAUAAUUUUUAGGUACUGUAAACUUGGAGGUGAUAGGUGCUUCACAAACUUGGCACAAAAAAAACAAUAGUUUCAGGCAGAGACCUCAUCCCAAAAUCAGUUGUUUUCACACUUGAGGGACCUGCACAA